CAGGUGAGUUUCUUAUAGCAAAGAGAAAAGACAAGUGUUGCUUCCUGCUUUCCAAAGGAAAGAAGCUACACAUCACAGAGGAAGAGUCAAAUUCUAUCAUGGCAAAGUACAAAAGAGCUUGAGAAGCUGCAAUUUCCCAUUUAGGUAGUAUCAACAUGCGUUUCCAGUAAGAGCAAAGAGAGAAGGCUGCUUUCAGUUUCACUGUUUUUCUGCCCAGGGAGCCCAAGCAGCAGCAAUGGCUGGCAAGAGACCAGGGAAAGAAGAUCCCGUCAACAGGGUGAAGUCGAUUGCCAGGAACAUGCUUGAAGGCUUUUUUGAUGACUUGAUGGAAAAUAAUGUGUUAAAUGGGGAUGAGUUACAAAGAUUAGGGAAAAGAGUGAACCUCAUCAUGAACAGGAGUGAAAACCUGAUUGAAGAUAUCACUGAGAAAACACAAAUGGCAGGAAAAAUAUUUAUGGACCAUCUCUUCAACCCAAAGAAACAGCUAAGUUUAAAAUCUCAUCCUGAAAAUGAGGAUGAUGAAUCUGAGAACACUGAGUCAUCUUCUUCUUCAACAGAAUCUGAAGAUGAAAAUGAAGAAAGUAGCAAUGAGGAAAAAUCUGGAUCAGCCCAGGCAUUGUCUCUCCCUCCACCAGAAUCUGGAAGUGAAGAUGAAGAUGAUGAAACUGAGGACAAUGCUGGAUUGUCCCAGGCACCAGUUCUACCUCUGACAGCUCCUCAGGAAACCCAAGUUUCCCAACCCAAUGAUAAGUUGAAGCCUUGUUCUCAUGAUCAUUUCCAUAAACUGAAGACAACAAAGGCAGAUGAGAUAUAUCCUGUGAUGGAGAAGAACGGCCGAACACGCCUGGCCCUCAUCAUCUGCAACAAAGAAUUUGACUGUCUUACUAAUCGAAAUGGUUCUGAAGUUGACCUUUUGGGGAUGCAAGAACUGCUUGAAAACCUUGGAUACUCAGUGGUUGUAGAGGAGAAUCUCACAGCGCUGGAAAUGGAAACAGCACUAAGGCAGUUUGCUGCCCGCCGAGAGCACCGAUCCUCAGACAGCACAUUCCUGGUGUUUAUGUCACAUGGCAACCUGGAUGGAAUCUAUGGGACAAAAUACUCAGAGCAAGAGCCAGAUAUUCUUCGUGAUGACACCAUCUUCCAAAUUUUCAACAACCGUAACUGUCAGAGUCUAAAAGACAAACCCAAGGUCAUCAUCACGCAAGCCUGCCGAGGCCGAGGUGAUGGGAGUGUUUGGGUGACUGACUCGGGAGAAGCCUCUGCAUAUAGAUAUAACCAGCCCUCACAGGGUUACAUCUGGAACGAUGCUAUUACAAAGACCCAUGUGGAGAAAGACUUCAUUGCCUUCAAAUCUUCCACUCCACAUAAUGUUUCUUGGAGAACUGACACAAAUGGCUCUUUCUUCAUUUCCAAACUUAUCUACUACUUCAAAAAAUACUCUUGCUGUCAUCAUUUGGAGGAGAUUUUUCGAAAGGUUCAACAUUCAUUUGAGACCCCAGGUGUUUGGAUCCAGAUGCCCACGAUUGAGAGAGUAUCCAUGACACGAUAUUUUUACCUCUUCCCUGGGAAUUAAAAUUCAUACAAAGCAUCUCAGGUACAGGUAUCCAAGAAAUGGAUUUGGGUGCUCCCAGCUCAGAGUCUAUACAUAAAGUCUAGAUAGAAUAGAGAACAAUGAUAGAGUGCUGCUGCCCAGUAUCAUCUUAUCUGCUUUCUCAUGGCCCUUGGUGAAACCCUGGUUUUAUUUGACUUUGGCCAUAGUACAAUGAUUGCAUAAGAAAUGAUAAGUCCCAUGGGGCACAGCUGGAAAACCCUGCAGUCCUCAUUUCUCUCAAGGACCACUCAGUGAGUGGAAAAUAUUUGGUUUUGAUGCAUACACAAAACAAAAUAAUUGGACCUUAUGUUCAGCUGUGUUUGGCUUCUUCCCUAAACUCAAUUUUGCUGAGUCACAUCCCUUUUCUGUGGUGAGGCCUGUCUGUACCAGUGUCUGAAGAUAUAUCUCAUGGUAGAGAUUAGUUCUAUUUAUCUUACCUCCAAUAGCCCAAUUACUCAUGUUAUCUUCUCUCUGAUUUUCCAGGAAAGUGUAGGCAUUAUGACCUCUGUGAAUCUACUAUUUUAAAAGGUCAGUUUUUGAUCAAGAACGUUUUUAUACCAAACUUCCCAACUGCCUACCUCCACAAAUACCAGACUAAAGUCACUCUCAUACUGUUGCUGAGCUAAUGCUUAAUAAAUUCUUUUAAAAUUAUGCUCGUUUUCUGAUUUUAUCAUUAAGGUAAAUGUAAGGGAGGAGGAAAUAUUCCUGUACCCUUCUAGGUUCUUCUGGCUGGUCUAAGAAUUAAAUUGACAUGAGACCUAAUAAGAAGAAAAUAUCAAACAAAGUUUAAUAACAUGCACACGUGGGAGAAAUCCAGGAAAACUGAAUAACUCACCAAAAUGGCUGAAGCUACCACCUUAAAUACCAUCUUCAGCUAAAGAUAAAAGAGGAUGUUGGAGGUAGUGGUUUGGGACUUCAAAGAGGAGGAGGAAAAUUCACACGGAGAUGGAAAAGCAAACGUUUGGUAAACAAAUGUUUGCCAGGCUUGCAGAAACCAUGGGACAUGGAGAGGAUUUUGAUCAAACGGGCCUUGCUAGUUUCCUCCCUGUCUACCACAUCUAUUUCAAAUUAUACUAUAGUUAUCUACGGGGAUAGCUCCUUCCUGAUAUAGGCCUUCUAUCUUAAAUUCUAUUAGGUAGUUAGGGGGGAAGGUCCAAGUUUCUUCCUGUGUCUUUUGUUCUUAAAAAUAAUCAAGUCAAAGAGAUACAUUUUGAGGUAGCAAAUUCUGCUCCCCUACAUAAAUCAUGCCCAUUGCAAAACAAGUUUUAAGUAUAGAAAAACAAAAAAUUGUUAAUGAAGAAAUAAUACUUAACCUUUUUGUAACUCUAAUUGUAAUAAACUCAAUUUAUUUUUAUGAAGUUCAUUAAUUUUGUAUAAUCAAUUUUGUGUCUGUUUUCUUUUAUUAUUUUGUCAUAACCGUUACAUAGUAAUAAAACAUGCCCUAAAUAUGAUUUUUGAUUUUAUAGUAUCCAUCAGGCAAAAAAGUACAUAUUAUUUAAACUUUUAUCUUACUUUUAGAUGUUGUUUUGAAUAUUCAUUUCCUAUACUCUGUGUGAUGAUGAAUAUUUUUAUGCUUUUACUUUUGCCUAAGUUUAUUUUCUUAGAAUGUAUUC